AUGCCACCCACUACCAAGAACUACAGCAACAGCAUAGCACCCAUGGCGCCGAAUUCGACCGAAAAGCGACUCCGAGACCUGAUUUUCAACAACGAUGGGAAGAUCUUAAUAGCUCUAGGCGUAUACGAUGGAUUUAGCGUGAGGAUCGCUCUAGAUGUUGGAUUUGACUGCUCGUACAUGACCGGUGCCGGUACGUGUGCAUCCAAGCUUGGGCAGGCAGAUCUUGGGUUCGCUACGCUGAACGACGUGCGUGAGCAUGCGGAGAUGAUUGCAAACUUGAAGCCGGAGAUUCCUUUGGUUGCGGACGCGGAUACUGGAUAUGGAGGGCUUAACAUGGUUGCUCGUACCGUGGCGGCAUAUCAUCGAUCAUGCGUCUCAGCCAUACAUAUCGAAAACCAGAUCAAGACUAAACGGUGCGGCCAUCUUAGAGGAAAGGAGAUAGUCGACGACAACAUCUUUUGUUCGCGCAUUCGAGCCGCAUCCCAAGCUCAAGGAAGACUCGGCUCGGACAUCGUACUCAUCGCACGAACCAACGCGCUCCAACACGGAACGGCGCCGUCCAUUACGUCUCAAGAGGCGCAAGAACUUGGGUUCCGCAUUAUCAUCUUCCCAUUCGCUACCAUUGCUCCAGCAUCUGCGUGA